GUUGGUAUAAAUAUGAACCCAUUCUGCAAUUUUUAACAUGGUUUCAGUGAACGCUUUAACUUCGAAAGUUGAUGUCUUCUUACUAACCGAGUAUGAGAGACUUAAAUCUUUUGAUGUGUUUUCUGGUUCUGGUGCCAGUCGUUGUGAUUGCAGCCAAGCAUCCUUUGAGAAAGGUCGAUUGUUCUUCUAUUGAAAAUGGCAAAUAUUUGGCAGAUCCAAAAAGUUGCUCCCAUUACUAUAAGUGCAUCAAUGGCCGUCCCCAUCGAAGAUCCUGCCACCGAGGAAUGUAUUUCGAUGAAAAUUUAAAUAGUUGUAAUCUUCCACGCUUCGUCCAAUGUAUUCAAAUGCGAAAAGUCGCCGUUAGGCUGGUACAGGCAAAUGCCGAUAUGAAUUAUAGGCAAGAAGCGACGGAGUCAUGCGACGAUGAAACAACAAUUGCGCCAUGUGACACAACAACCCCUCCAUGUCACUAUACAGCUGCACCAACUUCUACGUGCCAUCCUCCAACCCCUCCAUGCAACACACCUUCAACAAUCACUCCAAGUACUCCUGGAGAUGGUAGCACACCUUCGUCAAACACUCCAAGCACGCCCGGAGAUGAUAACACGCCUUCGCCAACUACUUCAACUACGCCUGAAGAUGGUAACACGCCUUCGCCAACUACGCCUGGAGAUGGUAACACACCUUCGUCAAGUACUCCCGGAGAUAUGACACCUUCGUCAACUACUUCAAGUACGCCUGGAGAUGGUAGCACACAUGCGUCAACCACUCCAAACACUCCUGAAGAUGAAAUAACAACUACGCCUUGCCACCCUCCAACCCCUCCAUGCUACACACCUUCACCAACCACCCCUAGUACUCCUGGAGAUGAUACCCCAACUUCGUCAACCAAUCCAAGUACGCCUGGAGAUGGUAACACACCUUCGUCAACAUCUCCAAGUACACCUGGAGAUGGUGACACACCUUCGUCAACCACUUCAAGUACGCCUGGAGAUGGUAAUACGCCUUGGUCAACCACUCCAAGUACGCCUGGAGAUGGUAACACACUUUCGUCAACCACUCCAAGUACGCCUGGAGAUGGCAACACACCUUCGUCAACCACUCCAAGUACGCCUGGAGAUGGUAACACACCUUCGCCAACCACUCCAACUACGCCUGGAGAUGGUUACACGGCUUCGUCAACCACUCUAACUACGCCUGGAGAUGGUAACACACCUUUGUCCACCACUCCAAAUACUCCUGGAGAUGAUGUAACAACUACGUCUUGCCACCCUCCAACCCCUCCAUGCCACACACCUUCAACAAUCACUCCAAGUACUCCUGGAGAUGGUAGCACACCUUCGUCAAACACUCCAAGCACGCCCGGAGAUGAUAACACGCCUUCGCCAACUACUCCAACUACGCCUGAAGACGGUAACACGCCUUCGCCAACUACGCCUGGAGAUGGUAACACACCUUCGUCAACCACUCCAAGUACGCCUGGAGAUGGUAACACUCCUCCUUCAACCAAUCCAAGUACACCUGGAGAUGAUAACACACCAUCGACAAACACUCCAACCACGCCUGGAGAUGGUAACACGCCUUCGUCAACCACUCCAAGUACUCCUGGAGAUGGCAACACACCUUCGCCAAACACUCCAAGUACUCCUGGAGAUGGUAACACACCUUCGCCAAAUACUCCAAGUACACCUGAAGACGGUAACACACCUUCGUCAAACACUUCAAGUACUCCUGGAGUUAUCACACCAUGCGAAACAACACCACAUCCCUGCGAAACACCGAAACCCCCACCUUGUGUAACUACAAAGCCUCCUUGUACAACACCUCCACCCUGUCCAUCUGAAAAGAAGAAUGAAAUGAAAGAAAACUAUUUACAACUAACCGGUAAAAGAGUGGUCCAAUUAUCCGCCAAUAUGUACCCCAAAUCACUAGCACCGCUUAAAUCUGCAACACCAACGAUGACGAUAUGUACCGGUAAGCCUAAUGGAUCAUUUGUGCGUGAUCCCAACGAUUGUUCUCAAUAUUACACUUGCUCAAGUGACAAUAGUAAGCUGAACAAAUGUCCCGGCGGUUUGUAUUUCGAUGAAAAGCUCAAAGUAUGUAAUUUCAAACGUUUGGUAGAGUGUAACGUUUGAAGACAACGGCAUAAAGUUAUAAAAUAAAUUAAAAUAGUUGUAAUAAAUUAAAAAUAAUAAAUAAAAAAGUAUACUGCAA